AUGCCGAAGGACGAGGCGACCAACAUGUUUAUCUCCAGCCUGGGAUCUGAGAAUCGUUGGAUCGGGCUGAGUGACGCCGACAGCGAAGAUAACUGGGUGUUCGAGGACGGACAGACCCUGACGUCAACCGGCUAUUCCAAUUGGCUCCAAGUCCAACAUGAACCGAAUGGUGGCGAAGCUUGUCGAGAUGCACUUGGAAUGGAAUCUGGACACAUACUUGACGAUGACAUUACUGCAUCCUCAAGACGUGGUGAUGACUACAAAGCUCAAUACGCUCGGUUAAAGGGAAACAAAAACUGGGCAGCAAAAUACAAUUGGAUCGGACAAUGGUUGCAGGUUGAUUUGACAAAUGUCAAGCGCGUUACGGGCACAAUGAUCCAGGGUUCAGCCAAUGUUGAAGCGUGGGUGAAAUACUUCACACUACAGUAUGGUGUAGACGAGAAUAGUCUGGUCACCUACAGGCACAAUGAUGGUAUCGAUAAGUUUUUUAAAGGCAACACCAACAAGAACACACAAGUAACCAACCUACUGGACCAUCCGGUGGACGCCCGUUACGUGCGCUUCUACCCUCAGUUAUGGUUUUUUUGGAUCAGCAUGAGGGUGGAGAUUCUAGGCUGUGACAGGGAAAAUUUUACAGUGUGUCCCGAGCCUCCACCUGUUCCCAAUACUGACACGUCCGGACCAGAAUGCAUCUGUCCCUACUGGCCUGGUAAGAACUGCACGUACAAGUGCAUCACGGGUGGUGACGUCAUCAUGACGUGUGGCAACGAUGCAACUACACCGCAGUUGUCUAGCGCAUCCCAACUGCCAACAGCAGGAGCACCCAAUGACACCAGUCAGGCAAAAGUGAAGAAAGAAAGGAAGACGGUUCUGAAGAAAAUCUUUGAAGACCCUUCAGCGUUCAAGUCUAAGCUGGCCACCGAGGACAACGCGACACAGGAGGAGUGGAACGGGUGGAAGACCGGAAAGAACAUGCCCCAAGGGUACGACAGCAACGUCAGUCCACAAACAGAAGAGAAAUUUGACGUGACGUCGGCUGUGAAGAUUCUUCAUGUUGGACCUUUGUCUGAGGAGAACGCGAAUCUGUCGGUGACAGUGGAGUACAGCAUGGGCUGGGUCGACGCCCGUCUCCGCGGCCUAUCCACCGGUUGGGAACCGGUACCGGCAUCGUUCAUGUGGGCCCCUCCCCUGGCGUUUGACGCGGCCGUACGGAGAGCUGCUGACGUCAGCAAGAAGAGGAAGAGCGGCGGAAGAGGAGGGAGCGAUCACGACAUCAGCAUGUGGCUCCACCCAUCCGGAAUCCUGUUCCACAGACUCACGAGAACUCUGUACCUGUCCUGUGUGCCCAGUAUGGCAAGGUACCCAUUGGAUCAGCAAGAAUGCAGCUUCAAACUACACGGAUAUAGUGGGUUGUAUUUCCCUGUUCACCGUCCAAAGAACGCCAGCUCUCCCGGACCUGUGACAACAGACAUGACGGCCGUUGUGUCCCAGUUCGAACUAACAGGGCUGAACGUCUAUUCUUCAGUACAGCAAACAGACAACACUGAGGCUGCCUGUCAUCUGCUCACAGGCAAGUACGCCUACAGUGCCGACCACUGUACCCACAUGCGGGGGUGUAGCCAUGGCAACGAGUGUGCCGUGUGCAAAACGUACUUCGGCAGCUGCCAGUACGAAUCCAACGACUGCAACCGAUCAGGCCUGACUCAGGUCUCCACCCUGGAGGUUCGUCUGCAGUUUUCCCGCCGUCUGCAGAGUCACGUGCUCGUGACGUUCCUGCCCACUACGUCAGUGGUCAUGACGUCAUGGCUCGGCUUCUGGCUGCAUCCGCAGGAGAUCAACGGGAGGGUCUCACUGGGGAUUAGCACGCUCCUGUCUCUGAUCAUCAAGAGCAGCUAUGGAGAAAACCCCCAGACGAACCUGGUGCGAGCCUAUGACGUGUGGAUGAGCGGGUGUCUGGCCAUGGUGAUGCUCGCCCUGCUGGAGACUGUCCUGGCUAACUUCAUCCUCUCAGGAGGACAGGUUAUUAUUUUCUAA